CUCUCACUAAACCCCAUCAACCCCAUCAACCCUAAACCCAAAUCCGCCGACUCGACCGAUUGGAUCGCUUCUACCCUCACCCGCCGAUUCGGCCUCGGUGCCGGCCUCGCCUGGGCCGGCUUCCUCUGCGCCGGCGUCGUCUCCGAGCAGAUCAAAACCCGCUUCGAGGCCUCGCAGCAGCAAUCCAACACGAAAGAUGUCGACAAGGAAGAGGAGGUCACGCUUCCGAAUGGCAUCAGUUAUUACGACAUCCGAGUGGGCGGUGGAGCGAUUCCGAGAUCUGGAGAUCUCGUCGUCAUUAAUCUGAAGGGUAAGGUUUUCGAUGGCGGUGACGUCUUUGUGGAUACUUUUGGGGAUGGGAAGAGGCCGUUAGCGUUGGUGAUGGGGUCGAGGCCAUACUCGAGGGGGAUGUGUGAGGGGGUCGAGUAUAUGCUGCGGUCGAUGCGCGCCGGCGGUAGGAGGAGAGUGGUGGUGCCGCCGGAGCUUGGGUUUGGAGACGAAGGGGCGGAUUUUGGGAAUGGGGUUAGGGUUUUUCCGGGGGCGAUAUUGGAGUUCGUUGUGGAGGUCGACAAGGUUUCCAUUGCGCCGUCUUGAGAAAUGUAAAAUGUGUUGUUGUUACUGAAAAUUAUUAGGUCGACGAAGAUAUAUGUCCCCGACAUCAAUAAAAUAUUGACAUGUGGAAUGUACACGUGUUCGCGGAAUUUUAAGUCAAGUGCGUCAAAAGCGUAGGUAAAGCGCAGUCAAAAUGCAGUCCACGUGGCAAGUUUUAAAUGGAUGUCCGAACUUAUUUUUAGGUCCGGUGACUGGACCUAAUAGUUUCAUGUUAUUACACCACAUAUUUUAUGAAGUGGAUGUCACUCUCUAAUAGGAGUAACGGACAUCCAAUUUAGAGCUGUGUUCGAACUCCAAUAAAAAUAUAAAAUAUUAAUUAGUGUAUUAUUAGAUAUUACUGUUUAUUAGUGUGUAUUAGCUGGAUACUAGAUAGUACAUAGUAAUACAUAAUUAAUACACACCAAUACACUGCAAUAUGCAGCAACACAUAAUGUAUUGCUGCGUAUUAAUAUGUAUUGGUGUGUAUUAACUAAGUAUUAC